AGUACUUCGACUACGUGGUGAUGGCCACCAUCUUGCUCAACUGUGUCUUCCUUGCCAUGACCGAGACCGUGGAGGAGGCCGAAUACAUAUUCCUCGCGAUCUACACGGCGGAGAUGAUCAUCAAGUCGAUAGCGAAGGGCUUCAUCCUGAACAAGUACACGUACCUGAGGAACCCCUGGAACUGGCUCGACUUCGUCGUCAUCACGUCGGGCUACGCCACCAUCGGCAUGGAGGUGGGCAACCUGGCCGGCCUGCGCACCUUCCGCGUGCUGCGGGCGCUCAAGACCGUCUCCAUCAUGCCAGGCCUGAAGACUAUCAUCAACGCCCUGCUCCACUCAUUCAGGCAACUGGCGGAAGUCAUGACGCUCACGAUCUUCUGCCUGAUGGUGUUCGCCCUGUUCGCGCUGCAGGUGUACAUGGGAGAGCUGAGGAACAAGUGCGUCAGCCGAAUGAACACCACCAACGUCACGCACGCCGAGUUCACCGAGUGGAUAAGAAACGAGGACAACUGGUUGUACAACGAAGAGGACGAUCCUGUCAUAUGUGGCAACACGACUGGUGCGAGGCACUGUCCGGCAGGAUACUUCUGUGUUCAAGUCGGCGAAAACCCUAACCAUGGUUACACGAGUUUCGACAACUUCCUCUGGUCCAUGCUCACAACAUUUCAGCUCAUUACACUGGACUACUGGGAGAAUGUAUAUAAUAUGGUACUCGCGUCCAGUGGGCCAAUCAGCGUUGUGUUUUUUACGGUAGUUGUAUUUUUCGGUUCUUUUUACUUGAUCAACCUAAUGUUGGCUGUGGUAGCGUUAAGUUACGAAGAGGAAGCGGAAAUCACUCAGGAGGAGAGGCGAAAAGACUUGACGGAUCACAGGGACGACUCGACGUUCAGCUUCGACCCAACCAAAAUCAACGUGAAGCAGCUGGAGAAGCACAAGACGAAGCGCAUCGACUCCCGCAAGGGCGUGCUGCUGGCGUCGUACGGCCGCAAGAAGACGCGCCGGAGGAAACGGGGCACGAGCCCGCGCCGCGACCAGCGCCCGCCGCCCCCCGCCGCCCCCCACAAGGAGGCGGCCGCCCCACACCUCAGCCCGCCCGUCACCAGCCCGGAGCCCGUCCGUCCCGCCGACACCCCGCGCUCCGGAAACACGCUCGGUCCUCCUCUCAGAGCUCAACUGCAUGCAAGUAGACAUCCUAGCAGUAACAACAGUGAUAGUAACAAUCGAGAAUCAUCAUUAGAUGAUUCAGGGGUAGUUGAUGACCAUGAAGAGGAUGUUACAUCUGAAGAUGUUGCUCAGAUGCCAAAUGUUACACAAAGAGCUGAACCUGUGACAAUUUCUUUGAGUCCAAAAGAAGUUAGAGUGAUAAAAUGUAAUGGUGUCAGCCCAGGCCAUGGCCCAAGGAAUCACUUGUAUACACUUCCGCCAGAUUACCUCUCACACAUUGUGGUUCUUGAUGACCUGCCUGACAGAAACUGUGAUAAGUGCACUCAGUGUUGUAUAGACUAUGAUGGGUGGCUGCGCUUCCAGAGUGGACUGUACAAAGUAGUACGGGAUCCACUGUUUGAGCUUCUCAUUACUCUGUGCAUCGUUCUGAACACCAUGUUCCUCGCUAUGGAACAUCAUGGUAUGAGUGAGUCUGUUCGACAGGCCCUGGACAUAGGCAAUAAAGUCUUCACUUCAAUUUUUACGUUGGAAUGCUUCCUUAAACUGCUAGCACUUAGCAAAGAAUUUUUUGCUUGUGGAUGGAAUAUUUUUGAUCUUAUCAUCGUCACAGCAAGUUUACUGGAUCUUGCUUUUGAGCUGGUAGAUGGACUGUCAGUCUUGAGAGGUCUGAGGCUGUUACGGGUACUAAAACUUGCACAGUCAUGGACAACUAUGAAGGUGCUACUGAGCAUUAUUAUAUCAACCAUUGGUGCUCUAGGAAACUUAACAUUUGUGUUAGUGAUUGUAAUAUACAUUUUUGCUGUUAUUGGUAUGCAACUUUUUGCCAAAGACUAUACAAAGGAGAGAUUUCAUCCAGAUCCUGUGCCAAGAUGGAACUUCACAGAUUUCUUCCAUUCUUUUAUGAUGAUAUUUAGAAUUUUAUGUGGAGAAUGGAUUGAGCCACUGUGGGACUGCAUGAGAGCAGAGAGUGAGGAGGGACCUGAAACUUGCUUUGCAAUUUUUCUUCCAGCACUUGUUAUGGGCAAUUUCAUGGUGCUGAACCUCUUCUUGGCUUUGUUGCUCAAUAGUUUUAAUUCAGAGGAGCUAAAAUCAAAGAAAGAGGAAGUUGGAGAAGAGUCAAAACUGGUGAGAAGUUUUGAACGCAUUAGAUCUAUUGUAAGGAAGAAAAGACAGGCACGAGAAAAGACUGACAAUGAACAAAACAUGCGACUGGAGCAAAUGGUACGAGAAGUUAUGACAAGGCAUGCAGCUGAAAAAAGAAAUCCAUCCAGUGUUCGUGAAACGAUUAUAAGUAUUCCAGAAAAGAAGCAACCUCUAACAACUGAAUGUUCAGCAAGCCUGCCUUCAGAUGUCAGUGAUUCAAGAACGUUGAAAGAUGCAGAAAAUCAGGAGAAAAAUGUCAUCACUAAAGAAAUUAAAAAUUCUCCAUGUAUCACUAAUAGACACUCUGUAAACAUUCCUGCUAUCUCUCCAAAGCCAACAACUGAGAAAUAUCAUUCAAUGAGCGUGCAAGAUUCUUUAAACAAACAUGCAGAAGAGAAGCGAUAUUCACUAGUACUUCAGAAAGCUGUUGACCUUGAAGACACAGAGAUUGAGGACCUGAUCAACAACUCUGAAUCCAGACUGCAGCAUCAAGAGACAGCAGUGUUGGAGACAGUCCAAGAGGCAUCCGAUACUCCAAAACACACUGUCCACAAACAGCUCUCUCUUGCAACUAACCAAACAAGUAGCAAAGAUGAGUCAAAUGCGGAGGAGAGCAUAGAGCUAGAAGUUCUUAAUAAAGGUCCAGGAGAAUUAGAGACAAUGUUGCCAACAGCUGGAGAGAAAGGUGAUGAUAAAACUGCCUCACACCCUUGGCAUGCUCUAGUUUCUUAUGUAGAUGAACUUACAGUUGGUGGGAGGCGAGAUUCUCAGGGGCGCUACAUUGAUGGCAUGGGCAGCUUUCCGGGGUUCGGCCGAAACAAGAUCAUGAAGGUUCCACAAGAAUGCUUCCCUCAACAUUGCUAUCAACGGUGUGCAUGCUGUGAUCAGUGUCUUGAAACAAAAAUUGGCAAGAAGUGGAUGGAAAUUCGUACACAGGUUCUUUCAGUUGUGGAUACACCAAUGUUUGAGUGGUUUAUUUUAGUGCUUAUUUUUGCAUCGAGUAUAACAUUGUGCUUUGAAGACAUUUACCUUGAUGAAAAUGUAAUGCUGCAAAAAAUUCUUUAUUGGACAAAUUUAGGAUUUUGUGCUUUGUUUAGUGUAGAAAUGAUGCUCAAAUGGAUUGCACUUGGAUUCUGGAAAUACUUCACAAGUUUCUGGACAAUUCUUGAUUUUAUUAUUGUUUUUGUAUCAAUAUUUAGUUUACUAAUAGAGGAAAAUGAAAAUCUGAAAGUUCUGCGGUCUUUGAGAACUCUUCGUGCCUUGAGACCACUGAGGGCAAUUUCGAGAUGGCAGGGAAUGAGGAUUGUCGUGAAUGCACUCAUGUAUGCCAUUCCUUCCAUUUUCAAUGUACUUCUUGUGUGUCUUGUCUUCUGGCUUAUAUUUUCAAUCAUGGGUGUGCAGUUUUUUGGGGGCAAAUUCUUCAAAUGCCUUGAUGAGAAAGGAGAACUACUUCCUGUGGAGGAGGUGAAUGAUAUGCAGACUUGUUUAUAUAAGAACUACACAUGGGUUAAUUCUAAAAUUACUUUUGAUAAUGUUGGGAAUGCCUAUCUUGCACUAUUUCAAGUGGCAACUUUUGAAGGAUGGAUGGAAGUAAUGGCUGAUGCUGUUGAUGCAAGAGGUGUUGAUCUUCAGCCACAGAGAGAAGCUAACUUAUAUGCAUAUCUUUAUUUUGUAAUUUUCAUAGUCUGUGGAUCAUUCUUCACACUUAAUCUCUUCAUUGGAGUCAUAAUAGACAAUUUCAACAUGCUCAAGAAAAAGUAUGAAGGUGGUGUUCUUGAAAUGUUUCUCACUGAAAGUCAGAAGCACUACUAUACAGCCAUGAAAAAAUUAGGCAGGAAGAAACCACAGAAGGUGAUUAAGCGACCAAUGAAUCAGUUCCUAGCGAUGUUCUAUGACCUGUCAAAUUCUAGAAGGUUUGAAAUAGCGAUAUUUGUUCUAAUUUUUUUGAACAUGCUAACAAUGGGUAUUGAGCAUUACAAUCAGCCACAUGCUAUAUUUUUUGUACUAGAAGUUAGUAACGCGUUUUUCACUACUGUUUUUGGACUUGAAGCAAUUGUGAAAAUAAUAGGUCUGCGCUACCAUUACUUCACCGUUCCAUGGAAUCUGUUUGAUUUUUUACUUGUAGUAGCAUCAAUUCUUGGCAUUCUCAUGGAGGAUAUCAUGAUUGAUUUUCCUGUUUCACCAACACUAUUAAGAGUUGUAAGGGUUUUUCGUAUUGGCAGGAUACUUAGGCUCAUCAAGGCAGCUAAAGGAAUAAGGAAACUGCUGUUUGCAUUAGUGGUUUCACUGCCAGCUCUCUUCAACAUAGGAGCUCUCCUGGCAUUGAUUACAUUUAUUUAUGCUAUUAUUGGUAUGUCUGUGUUUGGACAUGUUAAACAGACUGGUGCCUUAGAUGAUAUGGUUAAUUUUGAAACUUUUGGGAGAAGCAUGCAGCUCCUUUUCAGGUUAAUGACUUCAGCUGGUUGGAACGAUGUUCUUGAAUCCUUGAUGAUUCAGCCACCAGAUUGUGAUAUAAACUUUAACAAUCAGCCAAAUGGAAACUGUGGCUCUCCACUUCUUGCAAUAACAUACUUUACAAGCUUUAUUAUUAUUAGUUAUAUGAUUGUUAUUAACAUGUACAUUGCUAUUAUUCUGGAAAACUUCAACCAAGCUCAUCAAGAGGAGGAAAUUGGAAUUGUUGAAGAUGACCUAGAGAUGUUUUAUAUACGCUGGUCAAAGUAUGAUCCACAUGCAACACAGUUCAUUCGUUUUUCACAACUUUCAGACUUCAUUGCAAGUCUUGAUCCACCACUGGGUAUUCCUAAACCAAAUAUUGUGGCACUUGUCAGCUUUAAUCUUCCAAUCGCUCGAGGCAACAAGAUUCAUUGUUUAGAUAUUUUGCAUGCCUUAGUUAAAUAUGUUCUUGGACAUGUAGAAGAAACUGAAGAGUUUAAAAAGUUGCAAGAUCAGAUGGACAUAAAAUUCAAGAAACAGUUCCCCACAAGAAAGGAACUGGAGAUUGUGUCUUCUACGAGGAUAUGGAAACGACAAGAUAAAGCAGCCAGGACAAUCCAGAGGGCCUUUAGGGAAUAUGUAAGGUUAAAACGUGAGAGGGAGAGAGAACCCCUUGAUUUGGAGGACGAGAUGACUCAGACAUCAAGCCCCGGUGGCUGGCAGAGUCGCCUUUCAGCGUUCCUUCACGUACACCGUGGAAGUCGUGCAUCAUCCAGAAAGUCUUCUAGAGCUUCUGAUGCCAGUGACUUAUCAGAGCUUGGAGGAGCUUGGCUCAAUCUCCCACUAUUAUUUUUAUCAAGUGCACAUCAAGUAGUGGCCGGUGGUGCUAGUGGAGUAUCAGCUGAUGAAUUAGCAGAAGCUGCAAAUGGAAAUGGUAAUGUAUGUAUAAUGGUUAGUGAACCUUCGCCUGAGACAGGACCAGUUGGUAUAGACACAACUACUGUCAGUGUGCCAGACACACAGUGUGCAAGUACUACAGUGGGCAAACAGCCAAGUUCACAGGAAGACAGUGAUAGCACAAUCGCAGUGACCAGUUCCUUACCAGAAAGUGUUGUGUCUCCAGUGGAAACAAGGUUCACUGAAAUGAGGCCAAGUGACACCAAUGGUUGUGUUACAACCUCCUUCCCUGUGACUGAAAAAACUAGUAACCAACGAGACAUGGAGUGCCAUAGAGACUCUGUCUUCUUUGAGAGAGGUUCUAUGUCAGACAUUGCAAACAUUCCUAAAGACAGGCAUCCACUAGGCCUUUUGCCAAGUGGUAAUGUCCUAUCUCUGUGUCCUUCAGAAGUGAAUGGUACUAAAGACUGUAGCUCAACAGCAAGGCCACUAUCUGACACUUCUGUAGAUCCGUUAGAGAAACACCCAACGAAACUCACACCAGGAGGCUUGUCACUGCCACCAUGCAAACCAUCAAUAGCUGUUGAUGAUCCUCUACCCAUUCCUCCUCCAAUAGAGAGGCGUCCUCUAAGAGGACGAUAUGUAGGUGAUGCUACAGUUGUGCAUGUUCUGGUUCACAGAGAAUCAGAAGAAGCCUCCGAAGAUAAGGGCAGCUGAUGAAUUCUUCAUUAAUGUGCUUCACUUUUGGUGUCCUUUCUGUGAAAAGAGGGAUGAACAAAAGGUUGCUUUAAGAAGGUAAACCCCGGCAGAUGUUAUGGGUCAUUCCAAAUGGUGGUGUAGCCUAUCUCCUAUACUGGUAAUUUCACACAUAUAAUAAUAAUAGCCAUAGGUCCAUCAGAACAUGUAUUUGUUUUCUAUAUGUGUGGAAGGGGGAUUGGUUAUGAAGUUCCACUUGAAGGAUAUGAGGUUUUGUGUUACCAGCAUGCUGGUAUAAACAGAGCUAGUUGUUGCAAUUAAAAAUUAUAUCUAGAAAAUCACAUCUGUAAAUGAGGACCAAGGUAGAAAUAAAAGAUAGAGAUUCAGACAGGUUAUUAAGUCUACCUGUUAUGGUUAAUUUCCACAAGAAGUGAGUUGCAAAAAGUUGUUAUUUCUCUCUAUGAGACUUAUGAUUCCAUUAUAAUGGAAGAAUAGGUUAUAUGCAACUGAGAAGUUCCAGUGUGGAUAGGGGCCUUCAAAUAAAUACAUUUUGUACGUGGUAGUUUAGCGGUUGUAGAUAAAGUUUUGUAUCAUGAAAAACGAAGUUGGAAAGAGCUAUAAGAUGAAUGAAUGAUAGUCAAUUACUGUUAAAUUAUAACUGUAGUCAAUUCAUGUGUCAUGUACUUCAUUAGUAAAUAUGUGGUUUUCAUCAUCAUGAUCCCUCUUUUACUAUGCUUUAAUAAUAAUGUUACCACUAAAAAUAUGGGCUUCCUAUGUAGGUAACAGACUGCCUGUAAAUCUUGAUAGUCAAUCAUUCUAAUAAUAAUGAAAUAUACUACUUAUACUAGAGUUCUAUGACCCAUAUUGUUAGUGGUGAAAGUAGUUUUGAUACUCAAUUAAGGCUGUUGGGGAAAUGGCACAUAUUUAUGUGCUGCUAAAACAUCUUUCUUUCUUUAAAUCUAAAUUCUCUUUAUAGAAAAUAAUUAAAUGAUUCACUAAAAAGAACAGAAAAAUACAAAAUCAUUGUUCAAAACAAAUUUAGAAAACAGAGUAAAAUAUAUUGUCUGGGGGCAAUGAAGUUUUAUUUGCAUUUCAAAUAAUCUGCAUUAUUCUAAUAUAUUUAUCAUGGCAGUUUCAGUUUAGAUAAAGUUUAAUAAUUAGUUAGCAUAUGAA